CAGCUACAGACUGACAAAUCAAGAAAACUCACCAUGAUGCCUCUCUGGAUACUAUUGUUUCUGGCACUUGCAGCUGCUGCUCCUCUGGAUGAUGAUAAGAUUGUGGGAGGAUAUGAGUGCAUCCCUCACUCUCAGCCUUGGCAAGUUUAUUUCACACAGAAUGGCCUGGUCUUUUGUGGGGGAUCCCUAAUCACACCAAGGUGGAUUAUUUCUGCUGCUCAUUGCUACCGGGCACCCAAGACCUUGGUUGCUCACCUGGGAGACAAUGACCUUACAAAGGAGGAAGGAACUGAGCAGCACAUCCAAGUGGAGAACAUCUAUAAACACUUCAGCUACAAAGACAAUGGCCUUGACCAUGAUAUCAUGUUGGUUAAACUAACAGAACCUGCUCAAUAUAACCAAUAUGUUCAACCCAUCCCAGUUGCAAGAAGCUGCCCAAGAGAGGGAACUAAAUGCCUUGUGUCUGGCUAUGGAAAUACACUUUCAGAUAAUGUAAAAUUCCCUGAUAUAUUGCAGUGUGUGGAUGUCCCAGUCCUGUCUGACUCCAGCUGUAAGGCUUCAUAUCUCGGAAUGAUCACCGAGAAUAUGUUCUGUGCCGGCUUCCUGGAAGGUGGAAAGGAUUCAUGCCAGGUUGAUUCUGGUGGACCAAUGGUCUGUAAUGGAGAACUCUUUGGAGUGGUCUCAUGGGGACGGGGCUGUGCACUAAGCAAUGCUCCAGGAGUGUACGCUAAAGUCUGCAACUAUCUGAAUUGGAUGCAGGACAUUAUAGAGAACAACUGAUAGUAGAGCACUGAAGUGAUUCUAUCAUAGUAUAUAUAACAUGUAACAUCUACAGCGCCCAGAGUUCUCUUCCUCCUCCAGUUUAUUAUAUCAUUAUUCCGUACUGCACUUUUUAACCGUAUACAAAAUAGCCAACAAUAGUGAUUAAAUAUGUUGUUCUAUGUGUAAAUGUCAACAACCAUGAAUAAAACAACCUAAGGCAUCAAUCUUA